GUCUUUGCGCUUACGUGUAGUUAUGACACCAGUCUCGCGUGGUGAGAUUUGCGGUGUUGUGCUUUUCUGAGAGACUGGAGGCCUGCAGUUAAUAGUUGUGCGUGAGGUGUACGUCGCGAUCGCACUGCGGGCCGUUUUGAAGGACAUCGGGACUGUUGGGCAGUAUGACAGUUUUGUAGGGCAAAGGUUUUGCUGGCACCCUAGCAAACUGUAGGGUGGGGGCGAUAAUCUUAGGGAGUCAGUACACCCCCAUAUCCCAUUCCCAUCGGGUUUUGGGUGACUGCCUUCUCCUGUCUGUCCUGUCUUUCCGAUGGCGACUCUGAACUGCUGAAAUCCUAAUAUAAAAAUGGCAGGAAAUGACGCCUGCAACAACAGCUGUGAUCCGAAGACUGCUAAACUGUGGAGGGAUGCAACACUACGUACGAGGAAGCUUAGAAGUAACCUCCGUCAGCUCACUCUGAGCUGUGUGGAUAAAAGCAAGCUCAGCUUGCCUGCGGACAUGGGAGAUGUGGAAGUGCUAAAUUUGGGGAACAACUCGUUAGAAGAGGUACCUGAUGGCCUGCAGAGCCUGUGUGCUGGAAACGUGCAUGUCUUGAUCCUGCGCAGAAACAAGUUUCUUAAUAUCCCUUCUGCAGUGUACCACCUAGGUAGGCUGACUGAGCUGGACAUGAGCCAUAAUCGUCUGAGUUACUUAACCGAAGCUGUGAGUUUAUUAGGUCAUCUUAAAAAGUUAUGCCUGAGCCAUAAUCAACUGCAUACACUGCCAGGGCAGCUAGGCAUGCUGCUGGACCUGGAGGAGUUAGACGUUAGUUUUAAUCAGAUUACUCAUCUUCCAGACACCAUGCAAGGGUUACCCUCUCUCAGAACGCUGGACCUGGACCACAAUGAGUUGUACAGUUUUCCCCAACAGCUGUUCCACCUGGCUGCAUUAGAGGAGCUGGACUUCUCUGGCAACAAGAUGCUUGGAAGCAGCUGCAGUGGGUCACUGCCAGACGGCAUCAGAUCAAUGCAAUCCCUUAAGAUUUUGUGGUUAAGCAGUACAGGACUUUCCAUGUUACCUAAUUCCUUAUGUGCAUUGGUCAAUUUAGAAAGCCUCAUGCUGGACAACAACAAUCUCCACACUUUGCCUGAAGGCUUUGGAGCCCUGCAAAAGCUGAAAAUAUUAAAUAUUUCAUCCAAUGCCUUUCAGGACUUUCCUUUUCCACUUCUGCAGCUGGUAGACCUGGAAGAGUUGUACAUGAGUCACAAUAGGUUGGUGGUUCUGCCAGAGGUAAUCUCUUGUUUGACAAAGCUUGUAAUAUUAUGGCUUGAUAACAACCAGAUAAGGUAUUUGCCAGACUCUAUUGUAGAGCUUGGCUUCCUUGAGGAGUUAGUACUUCAGGGUAACCAAAUUGCAAUGCUUCCAGAUUUUUUCGGAAAACUUUCCAAAGUUAACAUCUGGAAGAUCAAAGACAACCCUUUGAUACAGCCUCCUUAUGAAGUGUGUAUGAAAGGUAUUCCUUAUAUUGCUGCUUAUCAAAAAGAACUUGCUCAUUCCCAGCCUGCUGUCAAGCCAAGGCUAAAAUUAGUCAUUUCAGGCCUGAAGGAUGCUGGUAAAACUUUACUGAGGCUGUGCUUAACAGAUGAGCAGCACACUAGUACUAUGGUGCAGGGAUAUAAAGGAAUUGAAAUUACUAACUGGACUGCUGAUGCAGAAAGAGGUCUCACAUUUAUAGUAUAUGAUUUAGCAGGAAACCAGAGCUAUGAUAUUAUCAAACCAUUUUUUCUUUCUCCUGGUGCUCUGUAUAUCUUGGUGGUUAAUUUAAAAUCUUAUGUUUCUAAAUAUUUCUAUACACAUGUUGGCUAUUUUCUGCAUCUAAUAACUGCUAAGGUACCACAUGCUGUAGUUUGCAUAGUUGGAACGCACACUGACUUGUGUAAUGAACAGGAGUUGGAGGAAAAAUGUCUUGAUAUCCACCAUCAAAUAGCAAUGCAGGUAAAGAGAGAUUUAGAGACACUACAAAACCUGAUUAAAACUGUUGAUGAGGCACUUAUUCAGGAUUUUGAUUUACGUGCUUCUAAUCCUCACACAGCAUUUUAUGGUGUCAGUGAUAAAAAUCUAAGGAGAAAGAAAGAUCACUUACAAUAUUUAAUGAACAAUCGUCUUCAAAUACUUUCACCUGUUCUCUGUGUUAGUUGUCUGGACUGUUCAAAUAUUAAGCGUUUGCGGGAAAAGCUCUUGUCCGUGGCAGAGCACAGGGAAAUUUUCCCAAACUUACACAGAGUUCUUCCAAAAUCUUGGCAAAUGCUGGAAGAAUUGCACUUUAAACCUCAGGAGCUUUGGCUCACCUGGUGGGACUCUGCAAGACUUGGUCUUCAAGCAGGGCUUACUGAGGACAGAAUGCACAGUGCUCUCUCAUAUUUACAUGAGAGCGGAAAGCUGCUUUACUUUGAAGACAACCACACUCUUAAAGAAUAUGUUUUUCAUAAUUUGACAAAGCUUAUUGACAUUUUAAAUGUCUUCUUCCAGAGGGAUGCCACGGUUCUGUUUGCAAAGUUAACAGGUGAUACCACAAUUGAUGGACUGAAAGUAACUCAAUUGCAUCAUUAUGUGGAAGGAUUUCUCCUCCAUGGACUUCUGCCCACUCACAUAAUCAGGUCACUUCUUAAACCUCAUAUCAAAACGCAUGAAGAUUUACAACUUAUACUGGAACUCUUGGAAAAAAUGGGCCUUUGCUACUGCAUAAAUAAACCCAAAACUAAGCUUUUAAAUGGAACCACAGUCUGGUACAAAUUUCCUUGCUAUGUUAAAAAUGAGGUACCUCAUGAAGAGGCUUGGAUUAAUAGCACAAAUAUAUCUGGAUCAUGUCUAGCAGUGGAGCAAUUGCAGAUAGAAUACAGUUUUCCAUUUAUUUUUCCACCUGGAUUGUUUGCUCGUUUCAGUGUCCAAAUUAACAGUCAUGUAGUUCAUCGUUCAGAUGGUAAAUUUCAGAUCUUUGCCUACAGAGGAAAAGUGCCAUUGGUUGUUAGUUAUCAACCUGCUAGAGGGGCCUUACAACCAGACAUUCUGUCCAUUGCUAGCCAUGCAUCACUACCUAAUAUUUGGACUGCUUGGCAAGCUAUUACACCCUUAGUGGAUGAACUUAAUGCACUAUUACAAGAAUGGCCUGCCCUUUACUAUACAGUUCAUGUUAUUUGUUCCAAGUGUCUUAAGAGGGGGUCUCCCAACCCACAUCCCUUUCCAGGUGAAUUAUUGUCUCAACCUCGACCAGAUGGAGUGACAGAAAUUAUCUGCCCCAAAAAUGGCAGUGAGCGACUAAAUGUAUCGCUGGUAUACCCUCCUACACCUACAGUGAUUAGCCCAUGUUCCAAGUGAUUUCUUUACACCAUGUUUUUCACAGCAGUAUUUUCUGGGAAAAAAAAAAAAAAAGACAUUCUUUCACUAUCCAUAUUACAAAGACUGAUCUUACAUUGUAAUGCUGCAGAACUGAAUCUGGCAAAAAAUAUAUCGGAGACUAAAGCUUUACAGGUAAUAGGUAGCAGCAUAAUGACAACAGGCAAGCCCCCCCCCCUGCCGAAAAAAUAUCUUUAAAAGGGGCCCGGUAUGGACUGCAACAUCCCUUGCCCACCCGCCCCAGCACAUUGGCGCACCUGCCAUUGCAGGCAGUGGGUGCAUAAAUUCUCAGUGAGCUAUAAAGGAAAAGCUGACCCAUGGCCUGACCUCCCCCACCCCCUACGUGGUCUGCUUCCUUUAUAGUUAUGCCAUUGGUUAUAGCAGCAAUGUCAAAUCAGGUGCUUAUCUUUGAAUUACUGGCUUGAAGGCAAGCUUUAGUUUCAUAAAACCAGGUGUACUGCUAAACAGCCUCCAAUAGGCUGCCAGUCCACAUCCAGCCUACCAAUUGUCAAUUAAAUCCCAUAUUUGGCAUCCCUAGGAACUUUUUGCAUGAUUAUGUUGCUCUUCAACCAACUGUUUUUACAUUUAAAUGUGGCUCAGAAGUUAAAAAAAAAGGUUGGGGACCCUUGGGUUAUAUGAACCCUGUUGUGUUCAUCUUCAGUGGCAUAAGUAAAUAAAUAAAUAAAACAAAAAAAACCCUAAACAGUUUUACUUCUCUUGAUAUUAAUUAAUUAAAGGAACAGUAACGCUAAAAAAAAUUUUACAAAAAAAUCGAUUCUACCUACACUAAUAAUAGAUCUACCCUGCAUAAAGUGUAUUACUAGCAAUGCUUUAUUAAAAAAAUACUGUUAGAAAACACUGCUUCCUGUCUACUGGAGAACAGCGAUAUGGUGACUCACUCUGCAGCUCUGCACUCCGCAUCUUCUCCCUAACCCGACUUCUGCCAAAACCGGAAGUUAUGAAUCCGGAGCCCACAGGCUUGAGGCCAGUUACAUAGGUGAGAUCCUGGCAGCCUAAAGCCCCUGUCCGACCCAUUAUCUCCCUGGGCAGCAGCUCAUCUGCCCUCCCUGGGGGCAUCCCUUCAUCCCCGACCCCCCUCCAGAAGAGAAGUGAGCAAGAGGAGCAGAUCUGCCCGACUCUCUUGGAUUUACCUGUACAGCUCUGCCUCGCGAUGGGAUCUCAGAAAGGAUUUGUGCCUCCCGUUGUUGGUCGGUGGUAUGAUUCGGGGAAAGCGCAGAGAGAGCACAGCAAGCACAGUGACUGCAGCUCCACGCAGGAUAAUAGCGCUCUUCAUCAUUGCCGACCUUUCUCUCCUCUGCCCUGUAAAUCAACUGAUUAGCUGAGGAAUGCCGGCCCUUGUUUGGAUAAUGGGACGGGGGACGCAGUUUUUGUAUGCAUGUUUUGUAAAGCACUUCACCGGCAUUUCUCAGCUAAUCAGUUGAUUUACCGGGCAGAGGAGAGAAAGGUCGGCAAUGAUGAAGAGCGCUAUUAUCCUGCGGGAUAGGAAGCAGUGUUUUCUAACAGUAUUUUUUUAAUAAAGCAUUGCUAUUAAUACACUUUAUGCAGUGUAGAUCUAUUAUUAGUGUAGGUAGAAUGGAUUUUUUAAUAAAAAAUUUUUUAGCGUUAGUUUCUUUUUAACUAUUUAUUUUUGCAAAUCUCAGUGGCUAAAAAUUUUUUAUGACUUUUAACACAAAUAAUGUAGUUGCCUAUAAGCAUAUUUUGUUGAGAACUUACAUGGAUUUGUCUUAUAGGCAAACUAAUUAAAGUAAGCUACAAGUAAUUUGUGUGUUUUUAACAUUUACCGUUUUAGCAUUUUCAUGAAAAUGUUCAUUUUGCUACAGCAUGUAUUUAUUAAUACGAAUUGGUUCCACAAUGAAAAAAUUUAGUUUGCAGUGUUGUGUUGCCCCUUUGGAGUUGAUAAAUCAUUGGGGAUGCCAGUGUGGCAGUACCCUUAGUUCUUAGAUCUAAUGUUAAGAAAUUUAGCAGAAUAUUAGAAUAAUUAGACCAUUGGGGCAUGGUUAUGACAGGAAGUCUUUUACGUCACUUUCCUCAACUAGCCCGGUCCCAUACCCCUCACCCCCCCAGCACUUGCUAUGGUAAUCCGUGGAAGAGGCUGGGUGAUUUUUUUUUUUUUUUAAUUUAAAAAAUUUAUUAAUUUAUAGGCACCUGAGGACCGGCCCCAUAAUCUGCUGCUCCCUAGGCACUGGCCCUCGGAUGCCUUAAUAUGAAUACGCCCUGUCACUGGUGGUAAAACAUAUGCAGUGCUUUGUUUUUUCGAAGUAGCCUCAAGAGGAACCUUCAGAUUAAUUAAUGAUGCAUAUGUUUUACCACCACCAAGACACUUUAUCGCUGGUGGGAAAGCAUUUGGAGGAGGUUAGUUGGCAGAAGGAGAAGAUAUCUUUUACUGGCAUCUAACCAUCUUGUGUUAUUGCCCCAAGAUUCCAAUUACAAUCAUACAAUUAACUUGCCUGUAUGUUUAGCUUGAACUUAAAAUGUCUUCAUUUUGCACAGUUAACAGUGAAAUUAAUUUUAAGCGCUUUAGAUAUAUGUUCUAAUGAUAAAAAGUGCAUUUGGUUGUUGCAGGGUCUGAUAGUUACCAAAUAUAUAUCCAAUAUAUAUUAGUCACAUGAUACCAAAAAACAUCCUGUAUUUUAUUCUUAAGCCUGGACGUUUACACAGAAGGACAAGAAGUGGCAAAGAAAAACCUAUUUCCUUAUAAGCAGACUCACAGCUGUGCAGCAUGCUGGGACUACUACUGGGACAACUGCUGGAGGGCUUGCAACUUUGGCAUUAUAAUUUUCAUUAGAAAAACUAUGCAGCAUAAUUGUUUGUCUAGACUUACAGUCUACAGGGUAUUGAUUAUGCUGGGAAGGCUCACUAGAACAUUCUUAUUUUCCUCUUUCAUACUUGUUCAAAAUGUUGUUUCGGGGGAAUGUACUAAAAUUUGAUACUGGGUAAAAAAUUUGCAAAUGCAAAAAUGUAUGCAUCUACGCAAAAAAAAUUUCUUUGCACAAAUUUAAUAUUGCUUUUGCAAACUUAAAAUCUACUUCCCACAGUGGAAUUUCAUAGUUUACACCAGUGCACAGUGUAAGUAAAAAAACUUAUUACUAAAAAACUGUUUGCUUCAAAAGAUUAUGCCACUUUCAAAAAGCAUGCAAUACAAGCUUUCAAUUAAAAUUUACAGUGCAGUAAUAGUCUAAUGAAAAAUAUUACAUAGAGAAAUGCAAACUUUAAUUUUUAUCUAUGCAAAUAUUGGGUUUUUUUUGGAACUUUUGAGACUUUUCCCCCUGAACUUUUUUUGCAACUUUUACAACACUUUCCCCUGGAAUAUAGAGGUGCAGGUGCGGAGUUGAUUUUAAUAUCACAGUUUGGUGUCUGUUGUUGUCUGGGGUGAUUUUGGCCCAGGGUCUGCUUGUCUCCCCACUCUGCUCAUUGCAAGGAGUCAAGCAGCCGACGGGCACAUUUACAUGUGGACAUGAACAGACAUGAAAGUUUGUAUAUCUGAUAUAUCUGAGUACUAUUCACAUCAUUCACAGCCAAACAUGCGGAUACUUUUAGUACACAUUUAGGGGCAGGGCACAUGGAGUAUUGGCUCUGCUAUGUUUUUUUCUUUCCAGGAUGACACCCUACCCUAGCUCUGCUGCUCUGGAGGGCCCUGGUUUGUUACUGAAAUGUCCCGAUUUUCUCUGAUCUCCUGCACUGAAUAGCCAGAAAAAGAUAUAAAGUUUCUUAAUUAAUUGGUUUUUGGCAGAGUACUUAGAUACUUUUGUAACUGUUUAAGAUAAGAAAGUAUCUUGUUGAAACUAAUUUGCAGUUAAAAGGGCAAUUCACCUUGAUUAGCAAAACUGUAAUAACAUAAAAAUCACAGAAAUGUGUUCAAACUUUCAUAUCCUGCCUAAUUUUUUAAAAUAAACAUGGUAAUUAGUUUCCCAUAGCAUGCCCAGGGCCAAAACAAUAAGGACAGACCUUUUUCAGGUAUAGUGUCAAUUUAGUCAUAGCAAAUAGUUUAGGUUGCUCAUUAGCACAAUUAUCACCACUGUCUGAUUUUCCAAGUCGCCGUAAAUAAAUAGAAACACUUCAUGUAACACCACAGUCACAUGUCUUGAAGAAUCCAGUGUAAUCAUAGUUUGCUAUUAAAAAAAAAAAAAAAAAAAAUGUGUGUGUAUAUAUAUAUAUAUAUAUAUAUAUAUAUAUAUAUAUAAAAAAAAGUCACGUGAUUGCCCUUCCCACACCUAAUUUACAUAUGCAAAUUAGGAUUCGGAUAUGGUAAAAUGGACCAGCACUCCAGUUAUUUUCCAUACAAUUUUAUUGAAGCAUCACUUGUGUGUCCAACGUUUCGGCCCUCGUUGAGGCCUUUAUCAAGGAUCCUGAGGCCGACUACCAUACCGAAUCCUGGAUUCGGUGCAUCCCUAAUAAAUAUAUAUAUAUAUAUAAUAUAUGUGUGUAUAUAGAUAUAUAUAUUUAUAUAUUUAUUUAUUUAUGUAUGUGUUAGUUUCUAAUAAGAAGCUGGGAAUUUGCUAAUUGAAUUGUCUAUGAAGGGUGGUUAACAGAAAUCAUGUAAUUAAAAUUACACAAUUGUUGAGUAGAGGGCUUAGAUGCAUUUUACAUUUUAUUUAAUCUUUAGUGACAUUCCUGCAUCAUAUAUUGUCAUAUUAUUAACAGUUUUCUCUCUUAUUUCCAGGACACAGAUGGAACAAACAUUCUUUUCAUUGCUGCAUAAAUAUUGUGGGGUGUGAGCACCUUGGAGAGAAAUAAGGACUGUCCUUCUGGGAAAAAUUUUAAUGGAGACAUUGUGAUCGACCAAACAAUGUGCUGCUGCAAUAUAAUAUUAAAUGAAUUAUUCAAA